AUGCCGUGUUCCUGUGCCGAGUGGAGGAGGUGGAUCCGCCCGCUGGUUCUGGUUCUGUACGCUCUGCUGCUGGUGGCCGUGCUGCCGCUCUGCAUCUGGGAGCUGCAGAAAGACAAGGUCGGGACCCACAGUAAAGCCUGGUUCAUCGCCGGUGUGUUUGUGUUCCUGACCAUCCCGGUCUCCCUGUGGGGGAUCCUGCAGCACCUGGUCCACUACACCCAGCCAGAGCUGCAGAAGCCCAUCAUCAGGAUCCUGUGGAUGGUGCCCAUCUACAGUCUGGACAGUUGGCUGGCUCUGCGGUACCCCAGCCUGGCCAUCUACGUGGACACGUGCAGAGAGUGCUACGAGGCCUACGUCAUCUACAACUUCCUGGUGUUCCUGCUCAACUUCCUCAGCAACCAGUACCCCAGUCUGGUGCUGAUGCUGGAGGUGCAACAGCAGCAGCCCCACCUGCCCCCACUGUGCUGCUGCCCCCCCUGGCCCAUGGGCGAGGUUCUGCUGUUCAGGUGCAAGCUGGGAGUCCUGCAGUACACUGUGGUCAGGCCCGUAACCACGGUGAUUGCACUCAUCUGCCAGCUGUGCGGGGUUUACGAUGAAGCUAACUUCAGCUUCAGGAACGCCUGGUCCUACCUGGUUAUCAUCAACAACAUCUCACAGCUGUUUGCCAUGUACUGUCUGGUUCUGCUGUACCGGGCUCUGAGGGAGGAGCUGACUCCCAUCAGGCCUGUGGGAAAGUUCCUCUGCGUCAAACUGGUUGUGUUCGUCUCAUUCUGGCAGGCGGUGUUCAUCGCGUUCCUGGUGAAGGUGGGCGUGAUCUCGGACAGACACACCUGGGACUGGGACAGCGUGGAGGCCGUGGCCACCGGCCUGCAGGACUUCAUCAUCUGCAUAGAGAUGUUCCUGGCUGCCAUCGCCCACCACUACACCUUCACCUACAAGCCCUAUGUACAGGAGGCAGAGGAGGGAUCGUGUUUCGACAGUUUCCUGGCGAUGUGGGAUUUCUCUGACAUCAGAGCUGAUGUCACAGAGCAGGUCCGCCAUGUUGGUCGGACCUUCCUCGGUCGGCCCAACAAGAUGUACUUUGGCGCCGCAGCUCGACCCGAACACACCGAACACACCGGCCUCCUCACUGCCUCCUCCCAGGACCCCGUCACCGCAGCGACCACCUCCAUGCCUUCGUCCCCCUCCUCCAGUGGGCGGUACCAGGGCUUAGGCCACACCCCCACACCCCACUCCAUCUCCGCCCCUGCCGGCUUCACAUCUCCGUCCUGGGAGGAUGACGGCGAGGCCCCGCCCCCGCAGCCGGCCGGCCAAUGA